AUGAAUUUUGCGUUCUCCUUUUUGUUCGCAGCUUUGGUCGUAAGUAUGGCGGUAGGGAAACCGGCUUCUGAGGUUUCAUUAUUAUCACUAACAGGAUCAGACAUCACAUUGUACUAUGUAAACUCAAGCGGAAUUGACAGUCUAAGUACCUUUUACAAGAGUGAUGUUGAAAGUUUUCCGACCGACUGGGUAGCUAAAUUCAUCAAUCCUGUUGACAAUCCGUCCAGAGACACUGAUUAUUACAUUGAUUCUCUUUUGGUACUGAUGGACAAUCGAAGUUCUUGGUACUUGACGCCAUAUCUUAGCAGGCAUAUCAAUGCUUGGAAUGCCCAAAUUCGAAUUCCCUUAGAGUGGCGAAUAAAUGAAAUGAAGGAACUAAAUACUAUGGAGUCUACUGACGGCACAAUUAUAGCGUCUUUCUACCUCAUUCUGACAGGCGCUGGAACCACCGUUAUUCAAUCGCAGUUUUCCGAUUAUCAAGACAACAAUCCGGAGAAUUUGGAAAUAGAUCUAUCAAAGCCAUUAUCUUUGAUGUACUCUAAUGGUAAACUUACUGUGACAUUCAUGGAAAAUCGUAAUUCUUGGAACUUGGAGCCAAAUCCUGGCAGGCGUUUCAAUGAAUGGAAUGUCCAAAUUCGAAUUCCCAAUAAGUGGCGAAUCGAUACAUCAAUGGGACAAAGUUAUAUGUUGUCUAAUACCACAAUUAUGGCGUCUUGCUACCUCUUACCGACGCGCGCUGGAACCACCGUUAUUGAAUCGCACCAUGGUAAUUAUCAAUCCAGAAUUCUGGUGAAUUUGGAAGUAGAUCUAACAAUGCCGAUAUCUUUGAUAUACUCUGAUAAUAAACUUGUUGUGACAUUCAGUACUCGCCUGAUAGAGCAAAAUGCCAUAAGGGCAUUUACGGUAUAA